AUGGCGGCCGCAGCGCAAGUGAUCCGAAGGGCGCAACUCUACGUCCCCGGCUCCUCCAUGCGCUUCCUCGAAAAAUCCCGCGGCCUCACCGUCGACUCCAUCGCCUACGACCUCGAGGACUCUGUCACGCCCUCCAAGAAACCCGAAGGCCGCCAGAACAUCCUCGCCGUGCUGAACAAAGACCGCGUGCCUAAUGUUCGCGAGCAAGCCGUCCGCAUCAACCCCGUCUCUUCCGGUCUGGCUUUGGAUGACCUCACGGAAGUGCUCAAGGGCACGAACCUGGAUUGCCUAGUCGUCCCUAAAGUUGACGCGGCGAGUGAUUUACAUUUCGUCACCGAUGUGCUGAAGCAGAAAUUACCGGAACGACAUACGCCUGGCUCGCCUGGCUGGAAUCCGGUCAAGAUUGUUGCGUUGGUGGAGAGCGCGAGGAGCGUGAUGGACUUGUCUGCAAUCUGUGCCGCGAGUCCCUUCUUAUCCGGCAUCACGUUCGCGGCGGAGGACUUUGCGCUCGAUCUUUCCAUCACGCGGACGCCGGGGUUGAACGAGUUCACGUAUGCGCGGUCAGCGAUCGUGACGGCGGCGAGGGCGUUUAAUCUGCCCAGUACGUUGGAUUUGGUGUCGACGACUUUCAGAGGGGAGGAGGGGAGGAGGUUCUUGCAGGAGGAGAGCGAGAAUGGGAAGAGGUUUGGGUUCAACGGGAAGCAGUGUAUUCAUCCGGAUCAGGUGUCGACGGUGCAGGAGGUGUUUAGUCCGAGUCAGCAGGAGACUGAGUGGGCUGUGAGAGUUGUGAUUGCGGACAAGAAGGCUGAUGCGCAGGGGCGAGGAGCGUGGACGCUGGAUGGGAAGAUGAUUGAUGUGCCUGUGGUUGGCAAGGCGAAGGCUAUCGUGGCGAAAGCUGAGCUCUGCGGGAUGGACGUCAAGGGCUUGCAGGACAAGUUCAAGGAUGAGGAGCCGCAGUAA